AUGGAACAGUCUCUAACAACGCCCCUAAGUCUCACUCUUGACCAUUGGAAAGACGUCCACGACCGGGCACACAACCAGUCCGUCGAGGUUAAAAAAGGAAAAUGGCAGACCUCUGCCAUCCGAGUGGCCCACUUUCGGAGUGGGAUGGCCAGUGAAGGCACAUUUAAUAAGACCAUUAUUUUACAGGUUAAAGAUCGGGUCUUCCACGGACAUCCUGACCAGGUUCCUUAUAUUAUCACUUGGGAGAGUCUCGCUUUAGAACCCCCCCCUUGGGCGGAACCCUUCGUGGACCCAAAUUGGCCUCCCCUCAACCCCCAGCCUGUCCCCUCGGCCCCGCCCGGCCCACCGGCCAUGUCUUCCUCUCUCUACCCCACUCUAAUUAAAUCAGAGCCUUCUAAGAAACCUGUCCUCCCGGCGGAUCCAAACUCCCCUCUUAUAGAUCUUCUCUCUGAAGACCCUCCUCCCCCAUAUCGUUUACCUACAGGCCUGGCUGAAACUGAGGAGGCAGAGCCGCCGGCCAGAUCAGUUGCCGGACCACAGUCUGAUGAGGGUUUCUCCCCUGUCGCAGGGAGAUUGCGCAGUAAGCACGAGGUGAUGUCAGAUUCAACCUCCCAGGCUUUCCCACUUAGACAGGGAACCAGUGGCCAGACCCAAUACUGGCCAUUUUCAGCAGCUGACAUUUACAAUUGGAAACAACACAAUCCUUCUUUCUCCAAGGAUCCGGUGGCACUCACCGACCUAAUAGAAUCUGUUUUACUUACCCACCAGCCUACUUGGGAUGACUGCCAACAGCUCUUACAGGCCCUCUUAACCUCAGAAGAAAAACAGAGAGUGUUCCUAGAGGCCAGAAAGCAUGUUUUGGGGGAUGAUGGGCGUCCCACCCAGCUGCCUGAGGAAAUUGAUGCUGCAUUCCCACUUAAGAGACCAAGCUGGGAUUUUAAUACAGCUGAAGGUAAGGGACACCUAUGCCUUUAUCGCCAGUUGCUCCUAGCGGGUCUCCGAGGGGCUAUACGACGCCCUACCAAUUUGGCUCAGGUAAAGCAGGUAUUACAGGAAGCAGGGGAAACUCCCUCCGCCUUUCUAGAGAGACUCAAGGAGGCCUACUGUAUGUACACUCCCUAUGACCCAGAUGACCCAGGACAAAUGACGAGUGUCUCUAUGUCCUUCAUCUGGCAGGCUGCACCAGAUAUCAGGACUAAGUUACAGAGAUUAGAAAAUUUGCAGGGCUAUACAUUACAGGAUUUACUUAAAGAAGCUGAAAGGAUUUUUUAA